UAGCUAACCUUCAAUAUAAUAUCGAGUCAAUCGAUCAUCCAAGUCCAACAUUUAUAUUGAUCGAUUUGGGCGCCAUGGCUAGAAGAGAAGCACCAUGGACAGCGCUGUUUUCCGCCGUCUGCAUCGCGGCGUUGUUGGCUGCCCCCGGUGUGGAAGCAAUCUUUUGCCUUGACGCAAUCAAGGCUUUGCCACGGUGUUUUCGGGACUCUUGGAAGAACCUUUUGCACAAAUUCAAGUGGAACGACGCAGAUAGUUGGUUCGGAUUAGUUGGGGGCGUCGGUUAUUUUGACGAGUCGUGUUGCGUGGCUUAUUACUCUCAAGCCAACGGUGAUUGCAUUGUCGCUUUAGGUAUGUCUACGUGGACGAUUAAAGGCUUUCACAAGGCACUUAAAACUUGUAAGAAGAAGGUAGGAUAUCAUUGAAAUCUUUAUUUAUUAAAGAUACCUACAGUAAUAAUAAAUUAAAAUACAAUAA